AUGUGGCCAGACGGCGGCGUCGACGCGCGAGCAAUGAUGGCGAAGCAGCCGCGACCGCUCAGUCUCGAGCGCGAAGAACUGCUGCUACUGUGGAAAAUAUGGACGGUGGUGGCCAGAGAAGAGAACAAGACGGAUGCCGUGCAGCCUUGCUUUGUUUCCCCAUAUCCGCUGUGCCGCUUGUGCGCCGUGGCCGCCACCGGCGCGGCGAGCGCGCUCCCUAGUUUACGUCCUCCCAGAAGCGCCGCCGCCGCGCCGACAAUCAGGAGCCCAUAA